AUAAAAAAAAAAAAAACCGCUGCUUAAAUGAGAGUCACCUUGUCACCACGUGAAGCGCCGUUUACCAUGUCUUUCUCCUGAAGGAGUUGGAUAAAGUUCACGUGAUUUAUGGAUCAGAUCAGCGCAGAUUUCUCCAAUCUGGUGAUUUCCUACGACUACGCAAUUCUCGGAUCGCAGAAACACCAACUUUCAGUGGCCAGGAGCAUGUAUUUGCAUGCUCUCAAAAGUCAAUUGGCUACCUCGGCCAUAAAACGGCCACAAGUCAAGCCAUUGAUGAACUGCUUUGCAGUCUUUUCAUAUUCAUUCACUCUAUUUCUAGUCUAGCAGUUGUCCGAUGUUCAAUUGAAAUGGUGUGGGGAAUUACCAAACUUUGUUAUAAACCAGCCAAGACGAGCCGGGCGGAUGCUUCCUACCGAACGAUCCCGGAAGGAUACCCUCCAUAUGCUCCCCGCAAGAUAUUAAACGAUCUGUAAUGCCACCAUCGACUGCAAGAUUUCCCGGAAUUGGCAUGCAUUCUGAUGCUUUCAUUUGUGGAAAUUCUCAGGGGAAAUAACCAACUUCACAUAUUGGCGCCGGAAAUUCUGGAGGAUUGUGCCGACUAGCGAAGUUCAUUGUUGGCAGGCAAUAUGGGCUUCCUUCAUGACUUUAUAACCUGACAACGCUGUCAUGGAAUCCCUCCAGCGAAGUGGUCCGUGGCUGUGCCCGACAAGAGCAGACAAGCUGUUCCAUCGAUUCUUCCUCACCUCGAGCGAAAAUGCGUUUGAACUGGGCUCUUCCUCUCAUAGCUGCGGCUUCCACUGUUGCCCAGGCCGCUCUCACCUGGAAGAACGUCAAGUUCGGUGGCGGAGGCGGCUUCACACCUGGAAUCGUCUUCCACCCGACGGCAAAGGGUGUUGCGUACGCACGAACAGACAUUGGAGGUCUUUACAGACUCAACCCCGAUGAUUCUUGGACGCCGGUGACGGACGUCCUCGCGACCAAUGCCGGAUGGAACCGUUGGGGUGUCGAUGCAGUGGCGGUGGAUGCCAAAGACCCCAAAAAGGUUUAUGCAGCUGUUGGUCUCUAUACCAACAGCUGGGAUUCGAGCAACGGUGCCAUCAUUCGCAGCUCCGACAAGGGUGCAACAUGGUCAAUCACCACCUUGCCCUUCAAAGUCGGUGGCAAUAUGCCCGGUCGCGGAAUGGGCGAAAGACUAGCUGUCGACCCGAACAACCCCAAAGUUUUGUUUUUCGGAGCUCGGAGUGGCAACGGACUAUGGAAGAGCGCCGACGGCGGAGUGACGUUUACCAAAGUCACCUCAUUCACGGCGGUUGGUACCUAUGUGGCUGACCCCAGCGAUGCAAACGGAUACAACAGUGACAUCCAAGGUCUGGCUUGGGUCACCUUUGACAGCACGUCUUCCAAGCUGUCGAAUGGAGCAACAUCGAGAAUUUUCGUUGGCACAGCCGACAAAACCGCUUCUGUCUAUGUUUCUAACGAUGGCGGAGACACAUGGAGCGCAGUAGCUGGUCAACCUACGGGAUUCUUGCCCCACAAGUGCAAGCUUCAACCUAGCGAGAAGGUGCUGUACAUCUCAUACAGUGACGGAAGCGGCCCCUUUGAUGGAACCACUGGAGGAGUUUUCCGCUACGACCUCAAUACCUCGACAUGGAAGAACAUUACGCCUGUCUCAGGUGCAGACUUGACUUAUGGCUUUGGUGGAAUCGGCGUGGACAUGAAAAACCCAGGAACCAUCGUAGUGGCUUCGCUCAACUCGUGGUGGCCUGAUGCCCAGCUCUUCCGGUCUAGAGACUCCGGAGCUACGUGGUCGAGACUGUGGGAGUGGACAAGCUAUCCCGACAUGAACCAGUACUACUCGAUUAACGCAGACAAGGCGCCUUGGAUAGAGUCUGGUCAUCUUUCGAGGGACUCGAAGCGUAUUGGUUGGAUGAUCGAGGCCCUUGAAAUCGACCCUGUCGACCCUGACCAUUGGCUUUACGGAACUGGUCUUACGAUCUUUGGUGGUCAUGACUUGACCAAAUGGGACACGGUACAUAACAUCUCGAUUCAGUCUUUGGCGGAUGGUGUUGAAGAAACCGCAGUCCUAGAGAUGGCCUCAGCGCCUGGCGGCUCCGAGCUAUUGGCCGCAAUUGGAGACAUUACUGGAUUCACAUACAAGACUGCGGCGGACCUCAAGACGUCUCCAAAGAAGCAGUGGCUUGACCCAAGCUGGGUAACAACAUCAGGAGUCGACUACGCCGGGAACAAGCCUUCUGUUGUUGCGCGCGUUGGACAGACUGAAGGGUCGCCCAUGCUCGCAGUGUCAUCCGAUGGCGGUGACAACUGGAGUGCUCAUCAAGGUGCUGACAAUUCGACUCAGGGUGGAGUGAUUGCUCUCUCUGCUGACGCCGAGACCAUCCUAUGGGCCUCUGCAAAUCGCGGUGUUCUUCGUUCUCAGAAUCAGGGGUCGUUUUCUGCCGUCACAGGGCUGGGAGGCCUGACAGGAACAACGGCUGUCUCGGCCGACAGACGCAAGGCUGGUGUAUUCUACAUCGGAUCUUCUGGGUCUGGAGCUCUCUACGUGUCAUCAGACGCUGGGGCUACAUUUGCACGUGCUGCGGGUUCGCUCGGAUCAGCAUCGGGAAUACGCUAUAUUGCCGCACACCCUCGUAUUGAGGGCACGGUCUUUGUAUCGACCAACGCGGGCGUGUACAAGAGUUCUGACUUUGGUGCAAGCUUCCAAGCCGUGCCGGGAUUGACAGAUACACAGCACAUUGGCCUCGGAAUGGGGACCGGUGACUCUUGGACUCUGUAUGCCUUUGGUAAUGGCCCAGCAGGUCAGAGGCUUUAUGCUAGCGCAAAAGCCGGCAAUGGGUCGUGGACUGAUAUCCAAGGCGACAGUCAAGGUUUUGGUAACAUGGCAAACUGUCGCAUUGCAGGUAGUGGCAAUGUUCCUGGCGUCGUGUACGUUGGAACCAACGGUCGCGGUGUCUUCAUGGCCAAAAGCUGAGCUUCAUGGACUUCACAGUCUAUGGACUAAAAGUGGGGGAUUUUACUGGCGGAAACGGGUUGUUAGUAAAUCAUGCAACUGAACUGCAUGUCGAUUGCCAUAGCUUCUGUGAUCUGGGGGAUAGGUAGCUUUUAAAUGUGAGCCCAUUUAUCGAAA